AUGAUGGCUGACCUGUCCUCUGAGAAGGUGCCAGAUAAGGAGAUCUACGAUAAGCUGGUCCAGAGCCUCCGGGUGGACAAGGAUGAGAUCUCCAAGAUCGCGGAAUAUGAGCAAGGAACUCGAAAAUGGCUCGAGGCUAGAAAGAACAGAUUGACAGCAUCGAACUUCGGGGCGGCUGUGGGUCACAACCCGUUCAAGUCGCCGCAGCAGCUGGUGGACAGCAUGCUCUUCGAGACUUUCCAAGGGAAUGACGCGACUCGAUGGGGAAACUCGAUGGAGGGGCAGGCGCUGAAGCAGUACAAGCAGCAGAGGCUUCAAGAGCUUGGGAUGACGGAGGAGACAGAAGCGUUUUCAGUGGAUCACGCAGGGUUGUGCAUCCACGAGGAUUUCUUUUGGCUCGCGGCGAGUCCUGAUGGAAUCGUGAGGGAAGGAGGAAGGAAAGGUAUCCUUGAGAUCAAGUGCCCUUAUUCUCAGCGGGUCUACAAGGAGAUCCCAGAGUACUACAUGGAUCAGGUUCAGGGCCUGAUGGCGAUCCUGGGUUGUGAGUGGGCGGACUUUGUUGUGUGGACUCCGUCGGAGAUGAAAGUUGAGCGAAUUGCCUUUGACAAAGACUAUUGGGAGAAUUUCCUCUUCCCCACCUUGAAGGAUUUCUUUUGGAACUUGUUUGUUCCUCAAUACAUCUCGAAGGAGAUCAAGCUCUUAGCUGAAGCGGAUGAGAAGAGUCAGGAUCCGACGAUGGCGACGAAAGUUUCGACCUCGAACACGGACAACAGCGACGAUUUCAAGAAACUGGACUUUGCGGUCUUUGGUCGGAAUGGCCUCAAGCAGCUGCUGCAGAAGCAGGGACUUGCUCCUGAGCUGCCGAAGAAGAAAGAUGAUGAUUCUUUCUUCGAGAGUUUGGGCCUUCAAAUGUUGGAGAACGGGAUUUACAGUCCAGAGCAAAAUUCGUCAGAAUUGUCGCCGAUUGAGAUCAUUGGAGAUUUGAGGUACCAAGUGUCAAGGCACAUGGCAAGAAAUAUGGAAAGAUUCAUGAAGUUGAAGAACAUGAAUACUGCCGACUUCUUAAAUCACCUUGAGGAAAUCACGAGAUUGAAUUCCAAGAUAGGCGGCCCUGAGAUCCUUGCUGCAGCUGAAUGUUUCGGAGUCAAAAUCACUUGUUUCUUGGUGUCCGUUCGGGGGGUUGACAUCCGAAGCUUUGCUCCCUCAAACAAUCUCAACGCUAAAGAACUUUUCCUCAUCAACGCCGGGAGUUUUUACUGGGCUGCUCGUCAAAAGACGGGCGAUGAAAUGAAGGAGGAGGAGGAGGAGGAGGAGGAGGAGGAGGAGGAGGAGGAGACGACUGUGAGGCUGGAGACAGAGCCCAAACAGAAUGCGAGACAAGUGGACUUGAUGCCAUCGCAGGGUCAGGAGGCAGAGGAGGAGGAGAGGACGAUGUCUCUACAAGGGGAGUGGACGGAGGACGGCGAGAAUGACGAUGGACCGAUGAAGGAGGCGGGAGGAGAGGACAGGGAUGCCGCCCGGGAGUCCCAAGGGAGGAAGAGCUUCGGCUUCAACUCGCGCUACUCCCCUCUCUUUCAGCAGUGCGUCCUGGAUGUGGAGGCGAAGCUGAGCAAGGAGCAAGGGGCAUCAAGCCUGGAGGGAGCUUUCAGGAUCUGCAACAAGACGAUCGGAGCGAAGAAGUAUGGCGACCAUAGCGUCACCAAGGCUGGGAGGCAGCUUGAGGUGGAGAAGGUGCGGGCGGAAUACAAGGUAAUCAUCUACAUACAAGAGAUUAUCUACAACUGGACUGAGUGGCGGACAGAAACUGCUGGUGAGGCAUCGGCUGAGAAGUUUGGCAUCCCAAGACAGGCAGCAAGGCGAGAGAAAAUGAGGGGGGAAAGAAGAUAG